CGUCUCGCGACUGGCCUCCCGCGUCCUGAGGUGUCUCUUUUCCGCCGUUCCCGUGGGGUUCCCUCGUCUCGGAAUCUGAUCCUGUUUCCGCGUACGGUUACCGUACAGAAACGAUAAUACCAGUGCAGUUCCGUGGAAGUUCCAUCGGCCGCGACCGAACACACCAGCCUUCUAGUUGGUAUCAGCCGGACUCCGGAUGGACUAUUUUACCUGCACUUGGCUUCUCCACUUGAGCAACUUCAUCGAAAUUCGCACCGAACACGUUUUUGAUGCAUCCUGAGUGGCGGCGGCACGCGAUGGCGGUUCGUCAGAGCGCGAGGUGUGCGCACUCAGACGCGAAAGCGGCGACGCAGCGCGGCUGAGCUCUCAAUCUUCCUGAAUGGAAGCCCCGCGGACCAGGGCUGCGGCGCGGUGAAAGCGGACGACAGAGGCGUGAAAGGGCCUUGGCGCUCGCGCCCUUAAUAAACGUUCCCAGAAAAGCGGGCCGAAGAAAAGCGGCUGAAAAAUGAGCGGCUCGUGGUCGCUGUACGCGAUCCUGUCACUUUUGUUGGCAGUCGGCAGCCAGCAAACCGGCGGCCUGACGAGGGGCAGCAGCGGCAUUCAGAUCGGCACCAGUGACAGGGGGUCUCAGGCGAAGGGUAUGGGGUAUGGUCGGGGUGUCGGCGUGAAACUGGGCGAAGGCAGAUUCCCUAACUCAACGAGGCAAAGACCGUUCACCACCACCACCACUACCAGCCCGCCGCCGCCGCCGAGAUUCACUUACGCGCCGCAGUCACCCGAAGGGAACAGUAACAUCACUUCCUUGAAGGUGGGCAUGGUGGUGCCGCAUACGUCUUUUGGUGUCAGGGAGUAUACAAAAGCAUUUACCUAUGCCAUCAACACGCUUCAGAAAAGCACGAGGGGGCGAAAAUUGAAACUUUUCGAACGAUACGACAUCCACGUGAAAGUGGACCUACAGGAGCUGACGCCAAGUCCCACGGCAAUUUUGGACUCACUAUGCAAGCAAUUUCUACCGAUGAAUGUGUCAGCCAUCUUGUACCUGAUGAACUACGAACAAUAUGGCCGGAGUACCGCCAGUGCUCAAUACUUUCUACAGUUGGCCGGUUAUCUUGGGAUUCCGGUGAUUGCUUGGAAUGCUGAUAACUCUGGAUUAGAACGGAGAGCGUCGCAGAGUAACUUGCAGCUGCAGCUGGCGCCGUCGUUGGAGCACCAGACGGCCGCGAUGCUCAGUAUCCUCGAGAGAUACAAAUGGCAUCAAUUUAGCGUGGUCACCUCGCAGAUAGCCGGCCACGACGACUUCGUGCAAGCGGUGCGCGAGAGAAUCUCGGACAUGCAGGACACCUUCAAGUUCACGAUACUCAGUGCCACCCUGGUCACCGAGACGUCCGACCUCGACGAGUUGUCCAAGAGCGAGUCCCGAGUGAUGCUGCUCUAUUCGACCAGGGAAGAAGCAGGUCGCAUCUUGCAGGCAGCCAAGGAUCGCAAGAUGACCGGCGAAAAUUACGUCUGGGUAGUCACGCAAAGUGUCAUCGAGAACUUGCCUACGUCCAGUCAGUUUCCGGUCGGGAUGCUCGGUGUGCAUUUUGAUACGAGUACUGAGAGUCUAGUGAAUGAGAUCACGACUGCGGUCAAAGUGUACGCGUACGGAGUCGAAGAUUUUGUGAACGACCGCAACAACCAGGACAAAAGUCUCAAUCCUCAGAUUGGGUGCGAGGGAAGUUACGGACAAUCUCGAUGGCACACUGGAGACCUAUUUUUCAAGUACUUGAAAAACGUGUCAGUCGAGCACGAUCAUGCAAAGCCUAACGUCGAGUUCACUCAAGACGGAGUUUUGAAAGCGGCGAAACUGAAAAUUAUGAAUCUCCGUCCCGGCGUGAGCAAACAACUCGUUUGGGAAGAGAUCGGUGUUUGGAAGUCCUGGGAAAAGGAGGGUCUCGACAUCAAAGACAUCGUGUGGCCUGGAAACACCCAUACACCUCCUCAAGGAGUUCCGGAGAAGUUUAAUUUAAAAAUAACUUUCCUGGAGGAACCACCCUACAUCAAUCUCGCACCGCCGGAUCCUGUGACUGGAAAAUGUUUGGUGGAUCGUGGCGUUCACUGCCAAAUAGCCAAGGCAUCGGAAAUUGCCGAGAUAGACAAUGCAACGGCGCAGAAGAACGAAAGCUUGUUUCAGUGCUGCAGCGGAUUCUGCAUUGACCUGCUUCAGAAGUUGUCCGAAGAAAUCGGGUUCACCUACGAGCUCGUUAGAGUGGAAGACGCCAAGUGGGGUAUGCUACAGGAAAAAUUGAAUGGUCACAAUUUUAUAUUGGUAAUUAACACGGAAAAAGUUUGCGUAUUAAAGGUACGUCUACUUUCGUUUAUUACGAUUGAAUAUUUCUGUUACCUUUCAGAACCGUUCGACACUGCGUCAUGGAUGUUAGUGGGCAUCGUCGCCAUCCACGCGGCCACCAUAAUGAUUCUCUUCUUCGAAUGGCUGUCACCAUCCGGUUUCAACAUGAAGAAGAAUCCGUCGCCCAACCACCGUUUCUCUUUCUGUCGCACAUACUGGUUGGUCUGGGCCGUAUUAUUUCAGGCAGCCGUCCAUAUCGAUUCUCCCAGAGGAUUUACAGCCAGAUUCAUGACGAACGUAUGGGCGUUAUUCGCCGUGGUGUUCCUCGCCAUUUACACUGCCAAUCUGGCUGCCUUCAUGAUCACGAGGGAAGAGUUCCACGAAUUCCAAGGCCUGGACGAUCCGCGUUUAGCGAAGCCCUGGUCGCACAAGCCGAUGUACAAAUUCGGCACGAUGCCGUGGAGCCAUACGGAGAGCACUCUAUCGAAAUAUUUCAAGGAGAUGCACUCUUACAUGAAGGCGUUCAAUAAAAGCAACGUAGGCGAGGGGAUCGAAGCCGUUAUCAGCGGGGAACUGGACGCUUUUAUCUACGAUGGAACGGUUUUGGACUAUUUGGUGGCACAGGAUGAAGACUGUCGGUUACUAACCGUAGGAUCCUGGUACGCCAUGACAGGAUAUGGUCUUGCGUUUCCUAGAAAUUCCAAGUACCUGCAGAUGUUCAACAAACGUCUACUGGACUACAGAAACAAUGGGGAUUUGGAGCGUCUCAGGAGGUACUGGAUGACGGGCACCUGUAAGCCAGAAAAGGAGGUUCAAAAGAGCAGCGAUCCCUUAGCACUGGAACAGUUCUUAUCUGCGUUCCUCUUACUGAUGAUGGGAAUCCUUUUGGCCGCAGCCUUUCUACUUCUAGAACAUUUGUAUUUCAAAUACGUCAGGCAGCAUCUGGCGCGAAGCGACGGCGGUGGCUGUUGCGCACUUUUCAGUCUGAGCAUGGGCAAAUCACUGACAUUCCGUGGAGCAGUAUUCGAAGCGCAGGAUAUCUUGAGGUUCCACAGAUGCAGGGACCCCAUCUGCGACACACACUUAUGGAAAGUGAAGCACGAGCUGGACAUGGCCAGGAUCAGGAUACGGCAAUUGGAGAAGGACCUCGAGGCGCAUGGAAUAAAACCGAGGCAGACUAAGAGGAAAACCGGAAGUCUCGGCUGGUGGCGAAGAUGCUUUCAAAGCUCGGACCGCCAUUCACAACCGGAACCAUUGGCGGUGGAAGCUCCGCAUCCGCUACCGCCAUACUUCGAUUCAUUCAUCGACACCAUCGACGUUUGCAGGCCAAGAGACAUGACCAGGAACCACGUCGUCAGCACAGAGUACACAGACAAGUUUUUGCCACCGGAGAUAUACAGGGUCCCAGACGACGGCCCCGCUAGGACGGAAAUUGCUGAAAUGGAGACAGUUCUGUGAUCGUAGGAAAUCGGCGGCGACUGCCCAGCCCCCUCAGUGCAAAGGGAAAUGCAACCGUGAUGGCCCCUUGGGAGCAAAAUGAGCCGCUUUUCCACUAUGGACAACGAGUUUAAUGCCUCGUAGCCUCGCGCAAGGUUUCCUUCGAAACGAACCAUCCGAGAAAGACAGAAGUAUUUUCGGGUUACGACUGAAGCUUCCAAACGAACACACAGCCGAACACAGAACCAAAUUUCGUACACAAAGAGGACAUGGGAGAACGUUCAGUGCCUAUGAAACAAACACAAACAAGCAAGGACACGAAUGAAGAAACAGCUGAAGUUCGAUCAUUUUCCUCGUUAUUGAAAUUUGCGACGACUGUUCCAAUUGUUCCUUCACGAAAGAACGACGAGUCGCGUCAACCUCUCGUGAUCGCGUCCAAUCGUUCGUGAACACUGUCUGACAAUUUUUACAGUUCGCGGCGUUUAUCGUGCCGUUCGAUAACACGUUCAAGACGCUCGCGGCGUUGGUCGUUGACCGUUUGAAAUUUGUAUUUUCAAGGAUCGCAGAGAAUCGGACUGGCACAGCUUGAGAGAAUGGCGAGCUUACCACGCGUGCUUCGAGGAUCCCAUCGAAACCACGGUAGAUUGUGUUUUCAUCGUUCGAGAGAGGAUUCGUUAUUCGCUAAUUCUCUGGUACUCCUUACGAUUCGAAUUUCUUGGCCUUCGAAGCGAGUCCUGGUUCAUUUUUUUGGAUUGUUGAGGAACGGGCCUCAAAAUUUGAACCUAAGAUGCGAGAGGGAAUCGGGAAAUGCAGUAUUGCCUCCGUUCUCUUACGAUUCUGCGUCGCUCUUAGCGUCUCGUUUCGAAAGACACGCGUCGAUCGAUGAAAGCGAAGGAGAAACAUUCCACUGCUACGACUUCCGUAGAAUUAGGGAAGCAAUACUGUAUCUGGGAUGUUGCGUGAAGCUUCGAUUGGGAUCGCAGAAGGAUACCUGGAGCCUAGGUACACCGACGAGAAACCAAUCGCAAGUUCGUUUAGGCAGCAACAAUGCAAUAGAUAGUUUAUUGAAAUUCCUAAAUCUUUUGAAAACUCGUUAGAACUUUGUACGCAACUACAGCCCGAUUUUUCAAAAAUAGAGCGAACCUCGGGAGCCAACGACUGUUCGUUGAAACGAGCAUCACAGCGAGUAAACUGAUAGAUGAGAAAUGGAAAAUCUGAAUGGAUAUCUUGAUGGGAGAAAUGUCAAUGUGUAUCAUAUGGGAUAACUGUGGCAUACGAGUAUGCUGUGCAUAUACAUAUAUACAUAUAUAUUUAAUACGUAAUGUAUGCGGGAACUACUAUUACACGUUAAGUAUGUAUAUUGUGGUAAACAAUGAAAUAUUCUAAAAGAAACCUACUUCCAGGACGUAAUAUGCUCAACAAAAGUACACGUAUGUUAAAUUCACUGGGUAUAACGAUUAAAUGAAUACGUGAAUGAGUGUCAGGUGUCGCGCGAUAAAUUUUUAUGGGGUUAAGCGAAGAGAGUGGUCCAGUAACUUAAAUGUGUUUAAACUUUUAAGUUAUUUGAAAGUUGCUCAAGAUAGAAAGGUCAUUCGAUUUUUGUUUACGUGUCAUUAGAGGUUCGCAACGAAAGCAAUCAAGAGAUCAAUCGUCCAAAAAUCGAUCGCUAACAUUAAAAACAAUUACCACUAUAAUUGUAUCGAAUAAAAUUAUAAAAAUAAACGUAAUUCAGAUAUUAUAAAAUAAAAAAACUUGUUCAUUUUAACGCUAGAACGUUUUAACUAAAGUCGUUUCCAUUAUAUACCGUUACUUAAGGGAAUUGAACACUUCAAUUAAUUAAAUCUAUGAAAUAAAAACCAAAUGAAAUCGGUGAACCGUCGAUUCUUGAAAAAUAUAAUGAUAAAAUGACAUUACGAACACAAUGAAUUUAUCUCAACUUCGGAACUAAUACUCUUUAAAAUGUUGCAGUUAAAAUAUUUCCUUAGCUCCCAUUUACAUUGAAGCUAGAUUCGAAAUUACACGUUUUACUGAACCACUCCGUAAUUGAAACUUAUUUAAACGAAACUGAAGAAAGUGCCGAACGAUUAGUAACAGAAAAAUUGAAGCUAAAUAUUUUACAAUACGCAACGGUGCCUGAGGCAGUGAAUAUUUCAAAUACGAGUGAUUUGUAGCUUGUAAAAAACUAUUUUUUAGAUGAAUCAAAGCAUCGAUUUCUACGCGCAAUCGCGAGGGUUUACCGCGCCGAUUUCGACGUCCUGACACUCCGCAAGUUUUCCAAAAGAAAUUUAUCUUGAUAAAGAAUAGUUGGAGAAUGAAGUCCCUUUUAAACCUACGCCCCACCCUCGAAAACAAAAAAAACAAGAACUUUGUGUCUGUAGGAAUCGACAGUGAUAGGAUUAAUGUUCUGAAACCACGUCCGCUGUACAUACAACGCAUUGUACUGUAUAAGCCACAAAGUAAGCCGCGGAAAUCCAGUCUUUUCUUUGUAAUAUUCCACAUUUUGGUUAAGCAAGUUUGCUGUACAAAUGCUACAAUCAUCUUGACGAUUCUUUAACAUGAUUCUAUUUGAAAUAUCUGGAACGAAGGAUACGUAAACUGUCAACCGUUUUGAACCUGUAUCGAUCCUCGUGUACCGAUUAAACAAUUGUUAUUUCGACGUUCUUCGAUUCACGUUGAAUUAAUAUUAAAAUUUCAUUAUGGAGAUAUAUUAUUUUCUCAGCGUGCGAUAUAGUCUAUGAAGAUUUACCUAUAUGAAAUUAAUUUAUAAAUUCUCGUAACGUGUGAAGUAGUUUCAACUGAAUGAACAGUAGACGAGGAUCGAGGGAGUUCUUUGUUUUCGCUUAAUUUGUACCACGAGAAAUAUCAAAUCUCUAUUUCCAGGAGCUCCAUCUUUGUGACUUACACCACACGCCGAGAUCUCCAUUGAGAAGCACUUGUUUCGACUCCUUGCGAGUGAAACAUGGUAAAAGCAGGCGCUUAAAUUUGUUUUGGAAUCGAUUAUUUGCUCAGAAAGAUUUAAAGUAUUGAUUAUGCCUCUCGAAAAUGAUUAGUAACGUUUAUUGGCAGUUCGAAAUGGGAUCAUAAAACGUAGAAUUACGUAUGCGAGGACGAGAUACAAGUGCUGAACACAUGCAUCACGAGUCUAAUAAUAAUAUGUUACUAUCGGAGAACACUGUUGUUAUUGUUAUUGUUAAAGAUAAAGGAAGUGUUACAUUGUUAAGUCGCAGAGAAGAAAGAGAAUGAAUAAUGUAGAGAGAAAGAGGAAGAGAGGAAGAGAACAAAAUUAUUAAUUACUACACAGAAGAAACAAAGAACUAGACGUAUCGAGUACGUCGCAACUAUAUCUCUAUCUACUAUACUAUUAAGUACCUAAGGGAGCGUCAAGCUUCGCCCAUUUUUCGAUCGCAACAGCGAUCAACGCUAUUUCCAUCCGACACAAGGCGAUUUCUUUCUACCGUGUGCGCACUCGCUGCUAAAUCGUUACCUUUAACAUUAACGAUAGAAAAAUCCACACGACCGUUAAACCUAAAACUCGAUGGUGUUUUCGGACAAUAGAUAUCACUAAACGAUUAUAAAUCCCAUCCGAGAAUCUUCAACGAUACAACGAACACACAUCUUGGAGACAACUUUUUGAAAUUCCUCCUCGACACGUGAGUCAAACAUUUUUUAAAACUGAAACAUGCGGUCACGUUAAACCGAACUGUUUUCAAUCGUAAUACACAUUAGAUUGAGUAACAAUUUUGAUCGAUUGAUUAUGAAAAUUGAGCACCUUAUUUUUCUUGUCGCAUAUGGGAGUAUCUAUAUUCAAAAUUUGAAGAUAUACUUUUAUUCGACAAUAAAGCUUUCCUUUAUACAUAUGGAUAAGUGAAUGAUAUGAAACAAUACUGUUUCAAAAAGUCAAGGUCACGGCUAUGCAAGAGAAUGUUUAGGCAAUGUCUAACUUUGAAAAGAAAUUUCGUAAAGCCGAUAGCAGAAAGAAUUUAAUUCCUUCUAAGCAGACUUUGAAUAUUGUGUAUUUAUUAUUUAAUCGUAGUAAACAUUAAUUUAAUAUUUAAUAUUUUACUUUAUUAACUGUAAAAUGGAAAAUUAACUGUAGAAAUGGCUGUAAAAAGCGAAAUUAUAAGUCUGUAUUAUUUAAUUUCCGAAAAUUAAAAAUCUGUAUAGUCUUCCGGGCAAUUCUGGAUAAAAAGUUUGGCAGCAUAAAAUAUAAAAAGAAUUACCCAUGACAAAUUUUCACAUGUGUUUUUCUUUCUAUUACAAAUAAAAAAAUAUUAAAAAAAAAUAAAAUUAUGUAUAAAUAAAAAAAAUCGUAUUACAAAGAUUCAUUAAAUGAUAAGUUACAAUACUUACUUCUUACAUUAUUUUGCUCCAAUUAAUUAAAUAAGUUAAUUAUAUCCACCUUUUUCUUAGAAAUACUCCUACGUGCACCACAAUUAAAAUGUUAAAUGUUACAAAGCUUCUAAAUUGCUAUAAACUUUCUAUUUUAUAUCAUAGAACAUGCCUGUACAAUAUCUUAGAAACCUGUGAGUCUUGAAUGUUCGGACAAACUACUCAAUCUAUCGAAGACUGUUCUGCUGAGUAUGACACGGAAAGCAGUCCACAGUUGUUUAAAUUGUGAAAUAAUAGUUUGUCAUGUCACUGCCCAAUAGAAUAUUGAUAGAACGAUCGGAUCAUACGGAAUCAUCACGGGCUCUCGAUUCUCAAAAAAAAGUAAACCUAAAAUUCAGUUCUUCUGUAACUGCGAAUUUUUAUGUAUGUUGAAUACAUUUUGUUAGUAGAACGUGAUAAGAGAACGUGCCAGAGUUUUUGAUCAGUACAACGAGAACUAUAGCCGGAAGAAACUUAAUCAACCGCUCAAGAUCAUUCAAAUGCUACCACAAUCGCACUAUUACACUGAUCAAUUAGACAAUUGUAUAAAUUAAGGGCCAAGAUGCGUUGACUUCUUUAAGUACUGUACUCGUUCAAGCUGAGCGUGAACAAAUGAUUCUUAUAAAACUUUGUUCGACUUUAUUGCGUUGUUUGUGUCAUAAUUCUAUUCACUUGUCUCAUUUUAAAUGCUUAUAUAGUACUAUUAAGUAAAUAGGAGAGAAUUUCAUUUCAUGAAAUGUUCAAAAGAGGUGUAAAUAUAUUAGGAUUAAAUGGGAAGAUAAGUUAAAUCAAUCGAUUAUUUUAAAUAUGCUCCUUCGAUUGAAUUUUUCAUCACAAAAGGAAUAUCUAUCCCAUAAGUUUCUGCAAUUUAUAGACGUAACAGCUAAUGUGAGUUGCAAAAAAAAUGGUGCAGAAGUCAUGUUUGAUGUACACGUAGUGGAAUAAGUAACUGUGGUCAGCCAAUUAAGCUUCUUCUGCCUACAGUUGGAAGUAUCUACCUAAAAAUCGUGCGCACACACGAAAUAGCGGCCUUAAUGAUUUUUCAGCGUGGUACUCGUUAUCUCCUGAAAUUCUUGUACCCAUAAUUGUAAAUUAGUCGUCCUGAUGUGAGCGAUUCGCUUCCCUUCACCAUUCUCAUACGAAUAAUCAUGUCCCUCCACACAUUUAUUCGUCGCCACGACUCUUCCGAUUGGAAAGCAUCAUCUCAGACCCACCGUGCCAAACAAUCUUCUACAAAUCAAGCAAGUAGAGCAGCAGUAGAAUUAGUAAUCAGAAUCACAUUAGCAGAGUGCAAGCAUAUCAAUAACAUUUUCAAUCUUGAAUGCGAACUUUAAACGAAAAAUGUGCUGAACCAUGCAACUCAAAUAACGAAUUUUCUUGCAGAGUUGCUGAACAUCACGACAAACAGAUGUUGUCGGUAGAAGAUUCAUCUCAAUCUCACCAACAAAUACCAUUUCUGUUCAAUCAAUAAACAUAACAGUUGUGUACAAGAAGAUUAUAAAGAGUGAGCAUCUUGUUAUCAGAAUCUGAUUAUAAAUCUUCGAUUAGAAUUAAAUUUUCAUAACCCACUUAAAUUUAUUUUCGUCAGACUUUAUAUAAAGUCUAUCAAAAUCUUACAUCUAUCCCAGAACUAUUUAAUCUGAAAGCAAUACUAUACAAUAACAUUAAAAGUAAUCGUUAGAUAGUCCAUGAAUUAUUGUUUUUGUCAGACGAAAAUUUCUUUUCUGCAUUACGUUACAAUGUCCAAAAUUAAACAGAAAUACAUGUCUUACUUGAACGUCCGGAAGAGGCGAACAAAGAACGUGAAAGUCCCGUUAAAUUUUUAUUAACAUAUUUGAAUGGUAGGUUUAAAUCGUUGAAAUAACAAAUCGGAAGAGUCCAGUCGCAGGUUUUAAAGUUCAUCUCUCAGUGGACCGUAAGAUAGAUUAAUAAAUACUGAGUAAAGCAUGGGGAAAGAAGCGUCGCCGAACGAUGCCAACUUUGUGCCACCCGGAAGGCGGACGAAUCACGAUCAUUUCAAUAUCGUGACCGUAAUUGCGAAUAAUGAGUGCGUGUGCGAACCGUGUAAUGAAGGCGCGGGUGUCUAUACCCGCAUACUCGUCUAAUGUACAUAAGGGAAUCGGACGGGGGAAUUUUCGUGAGACCCCGUUCUCGCUUCUCGUCUUCACCAUCGAGGAUAAUUAGCGACAAGAAACCCUAGAAUUAGAGUAGACCAGCAAAUAAGUUUAGCGACGAAACCUCGCCAACCGAAAUCUUUUUUCGAAGGGCCUCAGAACCGAGAGGCGUUGUAUUUGUGUCAGCGUACAUUUUUAAUGGGAAAAAAAGAAAACUUAUACUAAGGGAAACGAUAAUAUUGAUAAAAAUAAACAGCGAAGAUAACGAAGAGUUCGCAUGUUCCGCGGAGGAAAGAUUAAUGAAUAGAAAAUAAAGAAUGACGCCAUUGAAAAAAAAACAUUUGUACGUUAAAAGACAUCGUUGUGACAUUUGUAUCGCGGAACGUGCGAACC